AUGAUGGAAUAUAAGGCCUCGCUGAGCAGCAUCUAUAGGCAAAUAGGAGCAGCUACAAAGAAAAGUAUAAUUUACAAAAGGAAUCCUACUAUUUAUCAAUUGCUAAGGGCAGACAAAGAUGCUGUGGACAAGAACGCGCUUUCAGGAGUCUACAGUAUCCCUGCUACAGACACGCAGAGGCAGAAUAUGAUGUUCUACAUCGGAGUUACUGGAAAAUCCCUCAAAGAAAAGCUGUCAGAACACCAGAGAAACAUAAGAAGCAGACAGCCAUGCACAGCACUGGCGACUUACGUCUUAGCUGAUCCUCAAGAGGUCAAAGCUGAAUGGGACCGAGCUAGAUUGAUACAAAUAGUUCGCGACAAAAAGCACCUCCGGUAUGCUGAAGCCUGGCAUAUCUACAAAACCAGCCAAAAAGGAUUAGCUAUCAACUUCCGAGAUGCAAGCAAAGAUGGCCGAUUACGUAGUGGCGAUCACAUUUUACAAAUAGGAGAUGUUAACUUGCGUCGAAUGGGUUCCGAAGAAGUAGCCACCGUUCUGAGACAGUCGGGAAGUCAUGUCAGAAUUAUUGUAGCUAGACCAGUUGAUCCAACUUCUCCCGAUUACAACGCAUUACAUAGCAAUGCUCCCAUAGUGCCAACUAGAAUAUUAGCCGAUCCGGAAGAAGUGGAACGCCACUUAACUAUGUUCCAGCAAGCUCAUAAUGGAUUUGGAGAAAAUGUACCCGAUUAUAUCAGGUCAUCAGACCUGUCUCAUAUCAAUCACAUCAAAGACAAUGUAAGAGAAGAGGCUUUUCGACAAUACGAAUAUUUCGGUAAUCGACUACAUUCUUGUGGUUUAACGUAUCAAAAUAGUCACAGCACUAGUACAUGA